AUGCAUAUGAUUAAUCGUGAAGUAAAUACAAAUAAUCGUGAUGAAGAUAAAUUCUUUCAUGGUUUUAUGCCUGUUUGGGCAUUAACUUUAUUUGGUAUUGCUAUUAUGUUUGCCAUUAUAUUUAUUGCUGGUUUAAUAUGUCAUUUAGUUGGUUGUCGUAAAGCAAGACUAGACUUAAUAGAUAAUGAUCAUUCCUCGAAUGUUGAACAAUCGUUACUUAAUGAUAAUAAUCAUCUUCAAACAACUACAGUAUCAUCAAAUAAAUUAGCACAAAAAUCUAAAGAUGGUUUAUUCUGA